AUGAUUAAUGAGGAAAUUGAAUUUUCUGAUUAAUUAGACUAGAUGUAAUAAAAUGUAGAUGACUCAUUAAGAUACUAAUUAAGAAGAAGAAUUAGUGAUAAUUACAUGCAAUCCAAUUAUCAUUAAUUAACCUUUCAAACUCAAAAUCUGAAACUGAGUUCUGACUCAAAUCUUGACAUAAUCACUCAAGGAAAAAUCUAAAACAAGAAUCAAAGCAGCAAUGAUAUGAAGUAAUAGCUAUUAGAAAGUGAAAUGCUAGAGAAUUUCUAUUUAACAAGCUAUUUGACUCAUAACAAAGUGCUUUGCUAAUUUCAAGGUAAGCAGAGCAACCAUGAUAAUAAAACUCCUAGUAUUAAUGAAAAUAUCCACUUUGCAAAGGUCUCAAAUGAAAUCCUUGAAUCUAGAAUUUUUUACCCUAAUCAACGUCAUUUAAGUACUUUCAGUUUACCUUUUGAUGACAUUCUAACCCAUGGAACAUCAAAUAAAUAUUGCAAUUCGAAAGAUCAUAUCUUCAACGAUCUUUAUAAUUCUGAUAUAUAUUUUCAGUCUUAAGAAAAUGGAACCUAGAUAAAUGAUGAUUAAGUAAAAGAUCGUUUUUCACAUCAGGAUUUUACAAGAGACAUAAUUAAAAAUUCAAGCAAUUGUGAUAGUUAGGACAACUUUUAACAGUAAAUGAAGAAAGAAAACUUCUAAAAGAUACUCAACCCUUCAUCAUCCCAUCAUGUGGAUCAUUAGAAAGUACCAUUUAAAAUGAGAAAGAGACAUAUGAUAAAGAAAUCUGAUUAAAAUUAAAUCACCAGAAAAUAAGAUAUAAGAAAACUAUCUAAAGAACUCAAAAAACUUUAAGUUUCUUCAAAACUUAGACAUAAACUACUUGCUAAGGAUUAUUCCUAAGAGUGA